AUGCCCAGCACCUCAUCGCCCUACGUGCCGCACUACGUUGCUGCACCUCCUACGGAGGAAAAUUUGGAAUAUGCCAACCUUGCAAUCAUCGACAUUUCGAAAGCCAGCUCCGAAGAAGGAUGCGCCGCGCUCGCAAUUGAAUUAAGGGAGGCUCUCCUGAACCUCGGGUUCUUCUAUGUCGUGAACCAUGGAUAUUCGCAAGCUCAAACAGCCCGCAUGUUUGACAUCGCAGACGUACCCUUCUCGGCUGUCACUGACGGCGAGAAGCAAAUUUAUGCUUCGACAAGAAAACAAAAUGGGAUGCUCCAAGGAUAUACAUCAGUGCAGUACUGCGUCAAUCGCGAUGUGACCAAGCGAAAGCACCCAGAAGCGCUCCUCCCUCUCCUCCAAGAGAUACAGGAGUUUAGCACACACAACUACUUCAAUGUGUUGUAUCCUAUCCUGAGGCUUAUUGCCCGCAGCCUCGAGCUACCGGAAGAUACACUGGUGAACAAACAUGUCUUUGACGCCGCCGGCGAGACAGCUGUUAGGUUCAUUAAAUACUACCCACGAACAGAGGAAGAAGAGGCCAAAACAAAGAAUGUUUGGCUGAAGGGCCACACGGACUUCGGAAGCGUUACGAUUCUCUGGAGUCAGCCUGUCGCCGCAUUGCAAAUCCAGACCCGUGAAGGUGAAUGGCGUUGGAUCCGUCACAUGGAAAAUGCGCUCGUGGUUAACGUAGGCGAUGCAAUGGACUUCCUUACUGGAGGGUACUACAAAGGCACGAUCCACCGCGUUGUCCAGCCCGCGGUGGACCAGCGGGACUAUACUCGCCUUGGAGUGUUCUACUUUGCCAUCCCUAACGACGAUAUCAAAUUGGUUCCGAUGGUUGAAAGCCCGGUCUUACAGAGAGUGGGAAUUCAGAGACGGUGCGAAGAUAUCGAGGCACCGACAAUGGAGCAAUGGAGGAAAGCAAGGACGAUGGCUUAUGGCCAGUCGAAAUUGAAGAGUGGAAAAGAAAAAGACGUAGAAGAAGAGAUCAUCCACGGGGUGAUAAUCAAGCAUUAUAACUGA